AUGCCGGAUCCUUUCGUGGAAGGUGAAAUCUAUCAGAAGAAGGUCUUGCUGAGGGUCUGGUGGGGAGUUCAUGGAAUCUACCAUUUCGAACUGCUGCCGGACAACAGGACAGUUACUGCCGAGGUCUACUGCGCUCAACUGCAAAGACUGACCGACAAGAUCCGCAAGGAGCACCCGAAGCUCUACAACGUUCACCUACUGCACGAUAACGCGCGCCCUCACAUCGCGAAGAAGAGCUCCCAGAAAAUUCUGGAACUUUCUAAUUCUACAGCACCCAUCGUACAGCCCGCACCUGGCCCCGAGCGACCACCACCUCUUCCGAUCGUUUCAGCAUCGCCUGGAAGAGAAGCGCUACGAUGA